AGUGCUACACUCAAACAACAGGAGAGAGCAGCGGAAGAAGCUGGAAAGGCAGAGGAGAAAAAAACAACUGAGAAAAAAAGAAGAAAACAGCAAAAUAUAGAACAUAUUCUCUCUCUUUCUUAGCUUUCAUUGAUAUUGUAUUGCAGAAUUUGUAAAGGGGAAAAAUGAUGAGCCGCAAAGUUAUUGUCACCUUUGCCGUGGUGUUCCUGGCUUUCCUUGCCAUCAGUGAAGGGAUGAGUCUGAGAAGUCUGGGAGUGGAGCAGCACUGUCGCUGCAUCCAGACGGAGAGCAGACCCAUCGGUCGGCAUAUUGAGAAGGUGGAGCUAAUUCCUGCAAAUUCCCACUGUGAGGAGACUGAGAUCAUUGCUACCCUGAAAAAGAAAGACGAGAAGGUUUGCCUGGAUCCCAACGCUCCCUGGGUGAAGAGAGUUAUUGAGAAGAUCUUGUCAAACAAAAAGAAAUGAGGAAACAAGAUGCAACUUUUCAUGAGUCAACAAAUUGAAACUACCAGAACACAUUUCCAAGAUCAUCACCUGUUGAAAACGACAACAGAAUUUACUUACUCAAGCUGUUUGUAUCAAACACACACUUUAGUCCACUGUCUGUUUGUAUGUUACAUAUGUUGUGGUCAGUGUCUCACUUUGGCUGCAUUUGUUAGGUGUAAAACUGCACUACUGUUCUCUUUUAUUAUGGCUUAACAUAUUUAUUUAUGUAUGUAUUUAUGAAAUAUAAUUAUUUCUGCAUUCUGUUUUAUUUAAAUUAAAUACUCACCUUUAAUCAACUAUAUAAAUGUUUUAUUUGUUUAUAAGUUAGCAUUAUAAGCAGUUUUGUGUUUUGUAUGUCCUUUGUAAGGAAAUAUUAUCUGGAUAUCUAAAGCUGGUUUGGAAGUUCAUCCUCAGAUACAGUAAAAUGUAUCUGUUAUAUAGACAUAACAGUCUAUCUAAAGUAAGAUUCCUGCCUUAAGUACAAGUUUUAACAGUAAGGUUACUUAAUUCUCAAACUCUUCUUCUGUUCAACAAUGUAAAUGUGAGUGUAUGACAUUAUUAAACAGUUAUUAGUGAUG